UCGCGGCGGAGGACUUUGACACAUGUGGUCACUGACUACACAGAGAGGUACAUUAAGUUACCCAGAUGUACGGUUGUUGAGAGAAGCGGAAAAAUAAAGAAAAAAAAUAUUUCUGCGAGAAUGACAGACUUGGGGAUUUCACUGGCACUAUUGGCCACAACAGUACUUCUCUGCGAGGCGACGCGCAUACUGAUCUCGCGCCUGUUCUCUGGCAAGGAUUAUGCGAUUUACCUAGUGGAAAUUGUCUCGACCUACCAGCUCUGUGCAUGUACGCACGAACUCAAAGUCCUGGGCGAAGUUGGCAGAAUCGAACCGCAUAUAGCACUCACACUGACUUUCAUAAUCACGGUGGUCCACGUAAUAACUUUUCACGGGGCGUUCGCCAACCCAAAUGGUGCUAUCGAGAACGUUUACCGCAAGAAUAUCACAGGGAAAACCGCGGUGGCGCGCAUAACUUGUAUGUUUAUAGGUGGGAAAGCAGCGCAGCUCCUCGUGCCCCACAUUUGGUCCUUGGGUCUAUCCGACCACCACCUCACGCACAAAAGGUUCGGAUUUAAAUGCUUCAGUCCCAUCAAUGGGUCCCUGUUGGAGGCCGCUGGUGUGGAGCUGGCUUGCACUUUCGCUGUCCAAGCCGCAGUCCUCCACAUUCAUAAACUAGACGAGAGAUUCCACGCCCCUGUCAUCGCUGCUGUCAUUACGUCACUGGUUUACUCAGGGGGUCAUAUUUCAGGGGCUGUUUUCAACCCAAUCAUGGCCUUCUCCGUCCAGUUCCCCUGCAGUGGACACACCUUCCCGGAAUAUGCUUUUGUCUACUGGCUGGGACCAGUCACAGGCAUGGCAAUGUGCAUUCUGCUGUUUGACAAAAUCAUCCCACUCCUCUCUGGGAAAAGCGAAAUGGGCGUGGGCAUCCCUGUUCUCCAGAAGAAGAAGAUACAGUAACAUGAGAUUAUGGCUUUAGUCCUCUGAGUAGGCUCCUUUAUAUAUGAUGGUGCCAGGGCGGCCAUUAGUAUUUGAUUAUUAUGAUCACCUUAACAUGACUAGGUCUAAGAGCGUUCACACAUACUAAGUCUUAACUUUGUGGUUACUGAUCACAGCACAAGUUCAAUUUAUGCUGCCCUAAAAAAAGGGCCAUAAUAUCAGCUGUUGAUCAGUAAAACAUUUUUACUUAAAUUGAAGAUUUGAUGAAAAAUAUGCUGAGAAAAGGCUCCCUGGACUUUGUCAUUGUGCAAUAUUUUAGUUAUUAGUGCAGGGUUACCUCUAAUGGCAUAACAUGUUCCUGUAUGAACCUAUCCAAAACUGUCAUGACCUCAUGAAUUUAAAUGAACCUUAUACUCUGGAUGACUACAGCAAUGGCAUACAGUGCAUUCAGAAAGUAUUCAGACCCCUUGACUUUUUCCAUUGUUACGCUAACCUUUUUCUAAAAUGUAUUAAAAUUGUUUUUCCUCCCCUCAAAUCUAAAACACAACACCCCAUAAU